AUGUUAUUUGAUCUACUGGAUGAUGCAGGUGGUGGUGGAGGCGGAAGCCCUGAUCUCUUAGUCUCCAUUGUACCUCUAGACGGAGGUGGAGGAGGCGGUCCUAGCCCUCCUACUGGAGAGGGAGGCAAAGGAGCUGAUCCUCGACUUGGCGGUAGUCCAGAACUCCCCUUCUGGGGAAUUUUAUUGGGAGGUGGUGGUGGAGGCGCUUGUGAUGGUGGCCUUGAUGAUGGUGGUGGAGGUGCCCUACUUGGAGGUGGAGGUGGUGGGCCACCCCUUGACGGAGGAGGUGGUGGUGGACCUCCUCUUGGGGUAGGAGGUUGUGAAGAAGCCACAUUUGGAUUACUUCUCAUAGGCGGUGGAGGUGGAGGUGCAGUUGUUCUUGGAGUUGAAGAUGGUGGUGGUGGCGGAGGCCCCCCUCCUCGUCCAGGGGGUGGAGGUGGAGGACCUUGCCUCAUUGGUGCUGACGGUCUUUGUCCACCCCCUGGUAGUGGAGCUGGUGGUCUUUGUCCACCCCCUGGUGGUGGCGCUGGUAAAGGUCUUGAGCCAGUUCCUGAUGGAGGUGGUGGAAGAGGCCUAGAGUUGUCAGAUGAUGAUGGCUUCAUAGAUGGGGGUGGUGGCGGAGGAGCAAAGCCUGGAGCUUUACCCGGUGGAGGAGGGAGUGGUCUUGAAUUACCGCCUGGAGCAGGAGACAGUGUCUUUUAUUUCUAA